AUGUGUGAUGAGCGUCUGGGUAAGCUCGGCGGAUCCGAAACUGAGGCUGGAAAGGCUGCCUUCGCCGCCUUCAUCGAUGCCGUGAGCGACCGCAGUGAUAUUUUACAGAAAUACAAUCUGAGCAUUGUGCGCCUAGCAAAGCUUCGACUUGAGAUUGUUGAUGGCAAUGAGAGUCUCGGGAUCUUCGAAAGUGGCCUCCCAUCCGUCUCAGACGAUCAUGUAAGGCUCGCAGCUGAGUUCCUCAAGUCUGCUCUAUCUAGCGUCUCGCAGAAAACCUUCCGCUCCCUUUACGAGUUUUGGCGCGCCCUUAAUUUUGCAACGCUUGGGCCAACGACCUUCUACGAAUCUUGGGUAAAACCCAACACCAUGCAGACCUUUGGUGACCUCAAAGCCGAUAUUCUCAAGAUUAAUUACGAACAAUGCCUCGAAAUCGAUCAGAAAGCCUGGUGGAACCGUAUCAAAGACCACCCCCGCAUCAAUGAAUCUAUAUCCGUCUCCCUUACCGCGGAGCAUCAAGCCGAAAAACUCUCUGCUCUGGUCAAUAACCGACAGAUGCUGAUCGACCUUACAUGGGAAAAGGCCCUCAAAUACGGCUUCAACCCAAAAUGGUUCGAUAUUCGUCUGAAAGGGAUUCAAGUCUAUCUAUUUGGCGCUCGUGUUGAUGUUAAUAAGCUACCCCUCGAGGCGCGUGGCUCAGCCGACGCCGAUAAGACGAUUAAACUUACCCUCGAGAGCUCGGGACACUUCAGAUACAUAGACGAACAAGCAAAACUGCAUGAGUAUUCCAUGCCAAGCAAUACUUUUGACUUCAAUUAUAAGAUCUUGAAGGCGUCAGAGGUAGGAUUCCCGACCGGUCGUAAGAUGUGGUAUCCGGCGCACAAGUCGGAAGAGCAUCCGAGUAAUAGUGACACGGGCGUGGAUGACGCGAUUGCGUAUGAGAUGAUGAGCUCUUUGGAGGAGGGGGAUAGGUUUGAUCUGGCAUUGCCGAAUCUGGGGGCUAUGGAGAAGUUUCCUCUGCAAUCACCAUUGGGGGCCUGGACUGUAUAUGCUGAUCCAUCAGUGGACCUGACAGAUGUGACGGAGGUUCAUUUUGUGUUUGAUUUGGCACUAAGAACGUCGAGUGGUCGCAUUCAUUACGUCAAACCUAUAUCGAAACCUUAUCAAAAAAGUACCGAGAAUCCCAAAGGAUAUUGA